GGGAAGCAAUUAAAAGGCGGUGACCCGAGGAAAGCUGAGUUAGUUGUUAGCUGGCCGUUGGAUUGGAGGGGGGUUGGGGGGUCGCGCAUUAAAAUCAAGUCCCAAUCCCCAACCACCUACAAUUUUAAUUGGAAGAAGAACCCAAAACCGAUCUAAAUACAAACCCCUCUGCAACUCAUUCUUCCUCUGUUACCUCUUCAUCUUUGUCUCUCUUUCUCAAGUCUUCAACGAACAAACUUCAAAUUUAUCAAACACCUUUGUUCAAUCAAAACCAUGACAGAAAACAGCGACCACCUCACCAAACCCAACAAGAGAAAGCGCUCCUGUCUCAUUGCAAUUGGGGUUGUCCUCUUCUUAAUCCUGCUGCUCUUCAUCAUUGCCUUGAUCUUGGCCUUAACUGUGUUCAAGACCAAACAGCCAAGAACCCAGAUCCUGUCUGCAUCUGUCGACGGCGUGGCUCCUCGUAUCUCAUUCCCCGCCGUUCAGAUUGAGCUCAACAUCACUCUCGACCUCAUGAUCCUUGUGGAGAACAGAAACCACGCCAGCUUCAAGCAUGGCACUGGCAAGACUUUUCUUCUGUACCAAGGCAACCAGGUAGGUGAUGCUGACUUGUACCCGGGUUUUAUCCCGGCGAGGGGCAACUCCACGCUGCCGUGCCGCCUUACGCUGCAGGCGGACCGGCUGGCGAACAACAUGAGCAACUUGAUCAGUGAUGUGCUUGGUGGUGAGUUUGUGCUGGAAACACGUACGAGGAUCCCGGGCAGGGUUACCUUGCUGGGGUUCAUCAAGAAGCAUGCUGUGGCUGUAUCCGAGUGCCAAUUGACCAUUGGUUUUCCUGACAUGACGGUGAAGAGGCAAGUUUGUAAAAGCAAGGCCAAGUUGUGAUUGUGAGUUUUAUUGGAGAAGAAUAUUGCUUGCUUCUCAAUGAUUCGUGAGAAGGUGCAGAUUCCAGUAAACCCAAAGAAUGGCAUGUAAAUUAUGCAUUUUUAUGCUGCCAUGGAGGAAAAAGAAGCAAACUUUUCAGAUUGUGAUCAGCUUGAGCUAGGAUGAUGCACAGAGUUAAAGUUAGGAUGAACUUAAACCCAGGUUAUUUUGAAUUUUGUGAAGCUUUUUGUCCUUUUCUCUGUACUCUUUAUUUUCUUUUGUUGAAACUUGGAGAAAGGGAACCAUACAUAGAUUAUUUUGAUGCACGAAAAUAAAAUAAAAUAUAUGGAAAAAUUCGCAUAUGAUGUCCAAAA